AUGGCAUGGAGUGACAUACCCUUACUCCUAGGCAUUCUUCAUAACUGCGGUGAAGCCUACAAUAUUGGGCUCCUAGAAGCAAAAAUAUUUUCUGGUCCAUCGAGAGAGCAGUUUGGAUAUGCAGUUCAACAGUUUAUAAAUGAACAAGGCAAAUGGUUGUUGGUUGGUUCACCCUGGAGUGGCUAUCCCUCUAACAGAACUGGAGAUAUCUACGCAUGUCCUGUUGGUAUGUCCAAAACCACAUGUAAAAAACUGAAUUUACAAGCUUUAAUAAAUAUUCCAAAUGUGACUGAGAUAAAGGAAGACAUGAACCUUGGCUUGACUCUGAUACAGAACUCAAAAACAGGGGGAUUUCUGACUUGUGGUCCCUUGUGGGCACAGCAGUGUGGAAGCCAAUACUACGCAACAGGAGUCUGUUCUGAAAUCAGUCCAAGUUUCCAGAUCCUAAGAAGCUUUUCUCCUGCUGUUCAAAAGUGUUCCUCUGUCAUAGACGUUGUGGUUGUCUGUGAUGAGUCAAACAGCAUUUAUCCCUGGGAUGCAGUGCGGGCAUUUUUGAAAAAAUUUGUACAAGGCUUAGACAUAGGCCUUAACAAAACCCAGGUGGGUUUAAUUCAGUACGCUAAUGAUCCCCGUGUAGUGUUCAACUUGAAUACAUAUCAAACAAAGGAUGAGGUUGUUAAAGCAAUGGAGGGAACAUAUCAGAAGGGAGGAGAUCUCACUAAUACUUUCAAGGCCAUUGACAAUGCAAGACAGUAUGCCUUCUCACCUGAAUCGGGAGGACGUCCAACAGCCACAAAAGUAAUGGUUGUUGUGACGGAUGGUGAAUCACAUGAUGGCUCCAACUUGAAAACAGUGAUAGGUAAAUGCAAUGAAGACAAUAUAACCAGAUUUGGCAUUGCCGUUUUGGGAUACUUAAUCAGGCAUGAACUUGAUACUAAAAACUUAAUUAAAGAAAUCAAGGGAAUUGCUAGUCAUCCAACAGACAAGUAUUUCUUUAAUGUGUCAUCUGAAGCUGCACUACUGGAAGAAGCAGGAACACUUGGAGAGCGCAUUUUUAGUAUAGAAGGUACAGAUCAAGGUGAUACAUUCCAAAUGGAAAUGUCACAGGUGGGCUUCAGUGCAUAUUACUCACAAAAAAAGGAUAUUCUGCUGCUGGGUGCUGUUGGGGCCUAUGACUGGAGUGGAACAGUAGUUCAGGAGUCUUCAGACAGAGUCACCACCUUUCCAAGCCAUGUAUUUGAGAAGAUUUUACAGGACAGAAACCAUAGCUCUUAUCUAGGUUAUUCUGUUGCCGUUCUCUCAACUCAGAACUCUGUCUAUUUUGUUGCUGGCGCACCAAGAUCCAACUACACUGGCAGAGUAGUAGUUUAUGAUGUUGACAGCAAUGGUAAUAUUGCAAUUGUGCAGUCCCAGAGAGGCGAGCAGAUUGGCUCCUACUUUGGCAGUGUGGUGUGUUCAGUGGAUGUUAACAGGGAUUCUGUGACAGAUGUUCUGCUUGUGGGUGCACCAAUGUUUAUGAAUGACCUGAAGAAAGAGGAAGGAAGAGUAUACAUGUUUUCCAUCACAAAGGAGCAGCCACAAACUUUCCCCAGAACUGCUUGUGAAUGUAAUAUGGGAAUAAAGCCAGCUGGAACAGACCAAUAUGGAGUCAAUAAGCAAGGAAUUUUGGAUCAACAAGAACUCUUGGAAGGUCCACAGGGGUCAGAAAAUGCUCGCUUUGGAUCAGCAAUCGCAACACUUGCAGACAUUGAUUUGGAUGGCUUUAAUGAUGUUAUAAUAGGUGCACCACUGGAAAACCAAAACUCUGGAGCAAUUUACAUUUACAAUGGAUUUCAAAAGACUAUACGUACCAAAUAUUCUCAGAAAAUUUUAGGAUCAGAUUCUGCUUUUGGACAACGGUUCCAGUUCUUUGGAAGAUCAGUAGAUGGCCACAGAGACUUAGAUGAUGAUGACAUUACUGAUGUAUCAGUUGGUGCUGAUGGAAAUGUGGUUCUGCUAUGGUCACGAAGCAUUGCAAAUGUGUCCAUAAUUGCCUCAUUUAAACCUGAGAAAAUAAGUCUGCUGAACAAGAACACAGAAAUAACUGUCAAAAUAUGUUUUCAGGCUACAUUUAGACCUGCUAAGAGAAAUAAUCAAGUGGCUAUAAAGUACAAUGCAACAUUGGAUGCAGAUCUCCAGUCCUCUAGAGUGACUUCUAGAGGAUUGUUCAAAGAAAAUAAUGAAAGGUACAUGCAGAGGGAUCUUGUGGUACGUCAUGAGGAGAAUUGUGUUCAUGACGUCUUCAGUGUACAGGAACCUUCUGAUGCAGUGAAUUCACUUAGUCUCCGCAUCGACAUUGGCCUUGCAAAUCCUGGCUCCAGCCCUGUCCUUGAUAUAUAUUCUCCUGCAUCUGUGGCCUAUAGUAUUCCUUUUAUUAAAGACUGUGGUGAAGAUGAACUUUGUAUCUGUGAUCUUGUUCUGAAUGUUCAGCGGAAGGCAGAUGAUGGCAAACAGCAGUUUGUUGUCAGCAGCAAAACCAGAAGACUAACAUUCAACGUGAAAUUGAGAAAUAAAAAGGAAAAUGCAUAUAACACCAGAAUCCAGGCUACAUUUUCAGACAAUUUGUUUUUUGCUUCAUCGUCUUUACCGAGUGAUGGGACUGAAGUCUCGUGUCAGACAGGAACAGCACAAAGUACAGUCAUUUGCCAAAUAAGCUAUCCUGUUUUCAGAACAGGACAACAGGUAUCCUUUGAUAUUAGUUUUGAUUUUAACCUGAAAAAUCUUCAGAAUGUGGCAGUUCUAAAUUUUCGUGCGUUGAGUGAAAGUAAGGAAGAGCAAGAAUUGGACAACCAGGUCAUCUUACCAAUUCCUUUGCGAUAUGAUGCAGAAAUUCACUUCACAAGGCUUGCCAACAUCAACUUUUAUGAAGUAUACUCUGGUCAGAACAUUCCUUCCACUGUGAAUAAUUUUGAAGAUAUUGGCCCCACGUUCAACUUCUCAGUUAAGGUAACAACAGGAAGUAUUCCAGUGAAGAUGGCAUCUGUAGAAAUCUAUCUUCCAGCAUCAACCAGCAAAGACAACCCACUGAUGUACAUAACUGGAGUCACCACAGAUCAGGCCAGAGGUGUUACUUGUCAAGCUCAGAUAAAUCCACUGCAAAUAGGGAAAAGACCUUAUUUGGCAUCUUUCACAAGAGAGAACUUCAGAGCUUCCAAAGAACUGAACUGUAAGAAUGUGAAGUGCAGCACCAUCACAUGCAAACUGGAAGACAUUAUCCUGAAGGGAGAGUACUUUGUGAAUGUGUCCACCCGAAUCUGGAAUGGAACCUUUGCUGCUUUAACUUUCCAGACAUUACAACUCUCUGCAGAGGCAAAAAUUGAUACGCAUAACCCCGACUUAUUUAUAAUUGGAGAGAAUACCCUAACAAUCCCAGUUACAAUAAUGAAGCCGGAUGAGAAAGCUGAGAUACCAGUUGGUGUUGUGAUUGGCAGUAUACUGGCUGGGCUCCUCUUGCUGUUAGUAUUGGUUGCUGUUCUGUGGAAACUUGGCUUCUUCAAGAGACAGUAUGAGAAAAUGACACAAGAUAUAGAAGAUGUCGAUGAAAUUACAGAACUCACAAAGGACAAGGACUGAAGAUGAUGAGUUACAUGGAUAGAAGAAAUCUGAGCCACCAACAGUAGUUGUGAUCCAGUCGGUUCUUCAGCUGGAGUGCCUUAAAGCUUAGUAACAUUUAAACAUUUUUAAUGGAAGUGUCUUGUUAUAGAUGAAAAUAUUUUACAGAUUCUACUCUAUUAUAAGAGUAACUGCAGGACAGUUCAUUUUUUUUUCCAAAAUGAUUUAUAGUGCCUUUUCUUGUAAAUUUUUGCCUUUCAAACAAGCUUAGCCCUUAGAACUGGCAGGUCCGGAGUUUACAGUAACAUAUUGUGCCAGCAACCUUUCUCCUGCUCCACUGCAGAGUGAAACAGAGCAAUUUAUUUCAGAUUACUGUGGAACAGCAUCAGUUCGUAAUUCAGUUGACAAGUACCAUAUGUGUAAAGGACAUUUUCUAUUAAGUUGAUGAUGAAUGUGUGGUGAAUACUGCUUCCAGACUGGGAGAAGAAAACCCAUUUUUCAUUGACUAACUCCAUCUUUAUUGUUUUAGAGAAAUAAUUUGCACCAGCAAACCUUUGUCUUAACUAAUCUAUAAAGUGGGAACUGCGUAUGAAGAUGUCUGUCUGGGUGCUACAGGACAACCGGGUGGGCAAACUGUUCCAAAAGUUCACCAUAUUCCUUGCACUAAGGUCACAACUAAAUUACUGAAGUACAUUGCCUUGGGGAAAUAUUGCCAAAUGGUAUGUGUAACUGCCUUCUGCAUACUUUCUCUCUGAGAAGAAAGUAAGAAUUUCAUAAUAAUUUACAGCAUUUUCUCUGCAAUGUUAUGAUUAGUUUUCAGACUUCAUCUUGAGAAGCACUACCACUACUGUUACACUGGGCUUUACGCUCGCAGUCGCUCUGACACUAGUUUGGCUUUUGACAUAAAUAGGGAAGACAGUCAAGAUCUUGCCUUUAAUUCUGUACUGAAAGAUUUUGCAAGACUAAGAGCGUGAAGUGAACUAAAGGGGAUGAUUACUAAGGAAGUAUGCACAUUGGGACAGAGGAUAGUGAAGAUCUAAGCUCUGUAAACUGUUUACUGCACUUGUUUCUUUAGCAUCUCAGUGCCCUCCAGGAGACCAAAGUUCUGUACAACCUCCUUAGCUGUCACAUUUUAUUUGGUCCCACAUGUUCCUGUCUUGAUGAAGAUAACUUAUGUUUUAUACAGUAAAGUACUGUAGUGCUCUGGAAGGAGCUCUGAGCACAACACUUGGGUUGACUUACGUUGGUCACACACCUCAAGUUUAUCACAUGCCAUUAUGCUGCCUGGUUUUAAUGAAAGCUCAGUCUUAAAAAGGCACAUGCUGUAAGACUGCUAACAGUCAGGGGAAUUGGCCUUUUGGCUGCCUUUCUCUCUCAUGCCUGGCAGUUAUGCUUAUAAUCAAUUGUGAGAGAAGAUGUGUGUGUUGUCCUUAUGUACACUGCCAUGCAAGUGAGAUUGUUUCCAACUCAAGGUGAUUUACUUGAAGAGUAAAACACUUAAAUGUACCUGAUUCAGACCCAAAGUCAUGUUUUCUUUCCCCCAAAGCUAGAUUGUAAUUAUGCUUAGGCACCUUUCAGAUUAUUUUCUGAGGGACUUUUCAAAAACUAGGCUUGAGCACGUUUGAAAGUUUUACUCAGUCUUUUUUAAUCAGCAAUCAGUCAGGAGCCAACCAUCUCUUUGGCAAAUAACAGCUUCAUUUGCAGUGACAGCUGGAUUGUGCUCAGUGUAGUUUUAUAUGUGUUUUGGAUUCAUUUUGUAUCUAUGAAAUGUUAUGUUUUGGGGUGGGGUUUUUAAACAUUCUGAAAAACAAUCCAGAUUCUGAUCUCAAUUGUCAAACAAGACUGUUGCCAUCAGCUGAGUUUGUGACCAAAACAAUUAUGUAAGUAAAAAAAAAAAAAAAAGUAGCAAUU